CAGCGAGAAAACUCUUCAGCACGGUGAUACUGCGGAUUCAGGGAAGGAGGGGAGGGAGAGGAAGCAGAACAAGGAGAGUAUUGGUGUUGGGGACAACGGAAGGCAGCGGCCCGAUAAGAUGACCAAUGUCGCCAGAGACCAUGGGGAUGAGCCAAACUCCGCGGGGUCGAGGCAGGAGCCACGACCAGAUGGGAAGGGGGCCACAAUACCUACUCCAAUGACAGACCUUGAUGGCUUGAAGCGACCAGGCAUUGGCACGCGAGCACGACUCGAAGAGUCUUCUGAGCAAUCAGUGGAACGACUCAACAAGAUGCACAAUGCAGUCAGAACCAUUCUCGAAUGUGUCGGCGAGGACCCGACUCGACCAGGCCUCCUUGACACUCCCAAGCGAUACGCUAAGGCGCUCAUGUUUUUUACAAAAGGCUACGGGGAAAACAUCGGAGACAUCGUCAAUAACGCCAUCUUUCAUGAAGAGCACAGUGAGAUGGUAGUUGUUAAGGAUAUCGAAAUCUUCAGCAUGUGUGAGCACCAUAUGGUGCCGUUCAUAGGGAAGAUGCACAUCGGCUACAUCCCUUACCACUCCGUCAUUGGCCUCUCGAAACUGGCAAGGAUCGCCGAAAUGUUCAGUCGUCGCCUCCAGAUUCAAGAGAGGCUGACCAAGGAGGUCGCGAACGCCCUCAUGGAAGUGCUCCAUCCACAGGGCGUCGCCGUGGUCAUGGAAUCCAGUCAUCUAUGCAUGGUCAUGCGGGGUGUGGGAAAGUCAACAGCGGUAACCAUCACUAGCUGCGUGGUGGGUUGUUUCGAGACGAACGAGAAGACGAGGGGUGAGUUCCUGAGUUUGGUGGGCGUUAACAAGUAAAGACAGAGACCGCGGCGCAUUUGCCAAGUUCAGGUUCAAUUUCCCUUUUCAUCCUUGUUGUUCCGCUUUACGCAACGGUUGUAUAUAGCCUACCCAGCCG